GGUCCGCAACUAAGGCGCAGUGGGAAGAUCCAGAGCGGAGGCUGAGCGCCGCCCGUCCGACGGGCAUCCAGCUGUGCGCGGAGUAACUUAAACAAACAUAGGAAUGUACAGAUUUUACAAUGCCCAGUGUCUGGAAAGCUCAGAGGAAUACUAGACUGGAAUAACUGUUUAGUCGUCCCCCAAAGGACAAACGACAAAAGCAAAUUACAGAAACUAAGGUCAGUCUGAAGCGGCUGCCGGACCGGAGAUCCCCUUCUCCCUGCGUUCUCCUCCACACCCUGUCAGAGAAUGAACAUCAUCCUGCUCCUCUGCCUCCUGGCAGCCAGCACGGGGGGCGCGCAGCUCGCCAAUGGCAUCACCGCGAGCUCAUUAAUGGAGGCCCCCGUUGACGCGAGCAAUGUUUCCCAGUCUGAAGUUCCAGCGACGAGGCCCGCCUCACCUCGUGCCCCCCAUCCACCUAUGUGCAACAAGCCAACCGAGAUCAAGCACGCCUUCAAGUACGUCAACACAGUGGUAUCCUGUCUGAUCUUCGUGGUGGGCAUCAUUGGGAACUCGACCCUGCUGCGCAUUAUCUACAAGAACAAGUGCAUGCGGAACGGGCCCAACGUGCUCAUCGCCAGCCUGGCCCUGGGGGACCUGCUCUAUAUUCUCAUCGCCAUUCCUGUCAAUGUCUUUAAGCUGCUUGCUGAAGACUGGCCAUUCGGGGUGCACGUCUGCAAACUCAUGCCAUUUGUCCAGAAGGCUUCUGUAGGCAUUACUGUGCUCAGCUUGUGUGCCCUCAGCAUUGACCGAUACCAUGCGGUGACAUCCUGGAGCCGGGUGAAGGGCAUGGGCAUCCCGCUGUGGAAGGCAGUGGAGGUGACGCUGAUCUGGGUGGUGGCGGUUGUCUUAGCCGUGCCGGAAGUGCUGGCAUUUGACAUGAUGGAGAUGCCCUACCACGGGACCAAGCUGCGCGUAUGCCUUCUACAUCCGCAGCAGAGCACACGCUUCAUGAAGUUCUACCAGAAAGAGAAGGACUGGUGGCUCUUCGGCUUCUACUUCUGCCUUCCCCUGGCCUGCACAGGAGUCUUCUACACCCUAAUGUCUUGCGAAAUGCUCAGCCGCAAGAAGGGAAUGCGCAUAGCCCUCAACGACCACAUGAAGCAGCGUCGAGAAGUAGCCAAAACCGUAUUCUGCCUUGUGGUGAUCUUCGCCCUGUGCUGGCUCCCUCUCCACCUCAGCCGAAUCAUAAAAAAUACAAUCUACGACCAGAACGACCCGAACCGAUGCGAACUCCUAAGUUUCCUGCUGGUGAUGGAUUAUAUCGGUAUCAACAUGGCUUCCCUCAAUUCUUGCAUCAAUCCUGUGGCACUGUACUUUGUGAGUCAGAAGUUUAAAAAUUGCUUCCAGUCUUGCCUGUGCUGCUGGUGCAAGAGACCAUCAAGAAACAUCUCAUCCACAGACGAAAGGAAUAUGGGCAUGCGCUGGAAGGGCUACUGCCACGAGCACGGCCUGGAUCGGACCAGUUCUCGGUCCAGUCAGAAGUACAGCUCCUCCUAAGAACAGAGCACCUGGACUGACUGGGACAGAAAGUGGGAAGAUGGGCAAACAGUAAAAAAAAAAAGAGACAGUAAAAUCCAUACUAGCCCCGUCCUAACACUGCUAGACAUGAGGGCUUCUGCUGGGGAAAAAAGUGUCAAAUGGGGGAUAAAUGUGAAUAACUGGAACCAGCAAUCUAAGCAGCAAAUAAAUGCAUCUAUAGUCUGCAUCUCUCUACCCUGAGACAUCGUUUUCCUUGCGACACCUUAAAGAAGAAUUGCACACACAUAUGGAAUACCAAACACAGAAAGAGGCCUAGUGUGUGUGACCAAUGUCUCCAACAUAGACUCUUGGAGCAUGACUAUCUUUAAGCAGAAGAUGAUUGCAGAAGAGCACACUGGCUGGUUCUGUGCGAGUCUGCGGACUGCAGGCCCACAGUGAACCUGGAACACUGUGACAUCACCUUCAUGGGAGCAAUACAAGCUUUAGCCAUUUCUAUGAAUGGACAACUUUAUUUGAAUUUCAGUAUUACAGAGUUUCUUAAGUACAUAUUGUAUUGAUAUAUACUUCUAAACAAAAUAUAUCUUUGUUGAAUAGUUCGCUGGAAAAUGAUACCAAAGACAAGAAGUUCAGGAGAAGAUCUUCUACCAACUGAAUGCCACUAUAUAUUUUUUUUGUUUCAGAAUUUGAAUCAGUUGACUUUAACCAUAACGCUGUGGGUAUGCAGAUCAAAGCUGAUGCUUUCCCCAGCAAAAAUGACCUUUCAUGAUAAAAAUGUUUCAUAUCUGUAUUACGUUGCCUCACAUUCUGAGCUGCAUGGAUUUUAUUUAUUUACAAUUAUCAGGCAACUGUAGACUCAACAUCUGGAACUGAAGCAGUAAUGUAUUAAGCACCGAUGAUUGUGGCUGAGAGUCUGGUUAUUUUCUAGAAUUUUCGUGCCGGACUGAAGGAGUCCAACACAUAAAACACGCAAACCUCUUAAGCUCCAUGAGUAGUUGUUUAUUAAUAGCAUUCUCAAAUUAAAAUAUUUGCAAAAAUGUGUUUGAAUAUGUAUGCCAGUAUAUUCCAUUCAAUCCGAACGAAAUCCUGAACUCCUAAUGUUUUCAUUUAGGUUUGUUCAAUGAAGAUCUACUGUACAUAUGUACAUAUUAAAUAUGACUUUACCCGAUCAAGUAUUUCAUCUAUUGCAAUGGUACAAAUUUUUUUUUAUUGAAUUUCUACAGAGACAUUAAAUAUAAAAUGAUGUGAUUUGCCAUAAACAUUUACAAAGAUAUACCUAUAUGUCCGUACAUACCUUUGUACUACCAUGUGAGAUAUCACUGAUAGCUAUGAUUCAAUUUUGUCUAAAUGCCCUUCCAGAUUUAAUGUUGUGUAAAACUAUGUUCACAAGCUUAGCAUUUCAUUGUUGUGUGAAGGGUUAACAUCAUUGCGUCUGUUCUAAAAACAAGCAAAGCUUUUUAUACUGUACUUAAUUGUUGGCCAAUAGGGCAAAUAAAUGCUAUUUUAUCA